AUAAGGCAGGAAGGGCUCCAUUAAAUUCAUAAAACCAACAAUGACCGAUCUCAAAAAUAUCAAACUCCACUAUUUCACCAUCGAAAACAGUAACACCAUCGGUCGCGGUGAAUAUGUUCGCUUAUUGCUCGAAGACGCUGGUGUUGAAUAUGAGUAUGUAAGACACACUUUUGCUGAAUGGAAGGACCACAAACAAAAAUUACUCGAUGAAAAGAUUCGUGAUCCUACCAUGCCUUAUGUCACUAUUGAUGGCAAAUAUUACUCAAAGACCGUACCUCUUAUGAGAUUUUUUUCCAAUAAGCUCAACAAAUAUGAGGGCUCCAAUGCUGAUGAAGUUCAACUUUUGGAUGCUUACGCAGAUAUGAUUAUGGAUUGGUCAACAAAAUGGGCAUGUACCGUCUUUGGCAGCUUCACUGAGGAUUUCGGCAAGAAAUACAAGGAAGAGACUGGUCCUACUUAUUAUAAGUCUUUCAACGAUAUCCUUUCUGAUACCAAAGGUCCUUUCUUGUUAGGCGAGACGAUUACAUACCCCGAUUUCGCUCUUUAUCAUGUCAUGGAAGAUGAUUCUAACGUUACAUUUGAUGCAAAGGCUUAUCCUCAUCUCAAUGCUUUUGCUUUUCCUUACAUUGCUACCUUUGUUAAAGCCGUUCAGGACAGACCUAAUUUAAAGGCUUAUUUUGCUUCUGAUCGAAAGUAA